GAGCCAGGCGGCGGCAGCAGAUCUCCACAGCGGCUAAACCGCCCAAAAUUAGGCAGCAAAGAAGCUCGAAGCGAAGCGUUGCAAGAUGGCGUCUCUGAAUGACAGGUCCGUCUGGGACGAGGUGGAGGAUGGGAUUGGCGAAGAAGUCCUCAAGAUGUCUACUGAGGAAAUUGUUCAGCGGACACGGCUGCUGGACAGUGAAAUAAAAAUCAUGAAAAGUGAGGUGCUGCGAGUCACUCACGAGUUGCAGGCUAUGAAGGACAAGAUCAAAGAAAACACAGAGAAGAUUAAAGUGAAUAAGACUCUGCCCUACCUCGUCUCCAAUGUCAUAGAACUUCUGGAUGUGGACCCAAAUGACCAGGAAGAGGAUGGUGCUAAUAUUGAUCUGGACUCGCAGAGAAAGGGCAAGUGUGCAGUCAUCAAAACAUCCACAAGACAGACUUAUUUCCUGCCUGUAAUCGGCUUGGUUGAUGCUGAGAAACUGAAACCUGGGGAUCUUGUGGGUGUUAAUAAGGACUCCUACUUGAUUCUGGAGACUCUGCCCACUGAGUAUGACUCCCGAGUGAAGGCCAUGGAGGUGGAUGAGAGGCCUACUGAGCAGUAUAGUGAUAUCGGUGGUCUGGACAAGCAGAUCCAAGAGUUGGUGGAAGCAAUUGUCCUGCCCAUGAACCAUAAAGAGAAAUUUGAGAAUUUGGGCAUCCAGCCACCCAAAGGUGUUCUGAUGUAUGGACCACCAGGUACUGGAAAAACCUUGCUGGCCAGAGCUUGUGCUGCACAGACCAAGGCUACAUUCCUGAAGUUAGCUGGUCCACAGCUGGUGCAGAUGUUUAUAGGAGAUGGAGCCAAGCUGGUGCGUGAUGCCUUCGCUCUGGCUAAAGAGAAAGCCCCUUCAAUUAUCUUCAUUGACGAGUUGGAUGCUAUUGGUACCAAGCGCUUUGACAGUGAAAAGGCUGGAGACAGAGAGGUGCAGAGGACCAUGCUGGAGCUGCUCAACCAGCUAGAUGGCUUCCAGCCCAACAUGCAAGUCAAGGUGAUUGCUGCCACCAACCGAGUGGACAUUCUAGACCCUGCACUCUUGCGUUCUGGACGGCUGGACCGCAAGAUUGAGUUCCCCAUGCCCAACGAGGAGGCUCGUGCUCGAAUCAUGCAGAUCCACUCGCGCAAGAUGAAUGUUAGCACUGAUGUGAACUAUGAGGAGCUGGCACGCUGCACUGAUGACUUUAACGGCGCUCAGUGUAAAGCUGUGUGUGUGGAGGCAGGUAUGAUUGCUUUGCGUCGUGGGGCCACUGAGCUGAACCAUGAAGACUACAUGGAGGGUAUUCUGGAGGUGCAGGCCAAGAAAAAAGCCAACCUGCAAUACUAUGCUUAAGCCUGGCAACUGACUGUGUGUGUGUGUGUGUGUGUGUGUGUGUGUGUGUGUGUGUGGGUGUGUGUGUGGGUGGGUGUCUGUGUGUGGGUGUGAGAGAUGGUCAAGUGUCAGGAUUCAGCUGUGUGAAUGAUCAGAAUGGAAACACAUCAGUUUUGCUCAUCUUGGACUUGACUGGCUCAGUAACGACCUGUGUGGAGUAUUUUUCAGUCUACUGCUUGUCAAAAUCCAUUAAACAAACUUUUUUUUUCCACUAAGAA